AUGUUCCAUGUUCGGAACGGGAUUUUAGGCCGCCGCCUCGAUCUACACAGAUCUGGUCAAUUAUCCAGGCUUGGCAGUCUUUUAACACCACCCCCCACGCAAGCGAGUCGAGCAACUCCCGCUUCUGGUCACUUGAGGGCUGCUCGGACCCGUUCAGCGGAGAAAUCAGAUGUUUCCGUCGCGACACAUCCAGUCCAACGUCGGGCAUUCAAUGACACAGUGGAAAGAAAGUGUUCAACGUCAUGUCCGGUCCUUCCUUCUAUUGAUUAUCUCUGGACCCCGUGGGGGAUCAGUUCUUCUCUGCACAAACUCGGUGCUACGAAUUUCCGCCUUGGGAUGAGAGAUCAUUGA